CGAGAGAGCCCGCCUCGCGCCGAUUGGCUCCGCGGGAGGCCGGCACUCGACGCUCUGCCCCACGCUCUGCCGUUGGGGAGCGGACAACGCGGGCUUUUCUCCGGUGUUUCGGGACCCGGCUUGGGUAACCGCCGCUGGGGACUUGGAGCGCCUCAGGUUUCAUCCAGAACAACAGUUCCUCUUCCUUUAGUGCCAGAUCAUUUGGCUGAAAUUAGGAUUUGGAGUCUGCAACUUUCCUUCGGAAGAAAAAAAAAACCUUACUGUGGAGAAGACUGAAUUUAUAGUUAUUUAGAUGCUUAAAGAAGACUACUUGAAGACUCCUUUUGGAAUCAAAGAGCAUGGAUCUCAGCAGUGACUACCAAUUUCUCAAUCAGAUUUUGUGGAGAAGGGUGAGACUCACAUUGGUCUGUGGCAUCUUUGAGGGUGUGCUCCAGCAUGUGGACCCUAACAAGAUUGUCAUCCUGAAGAAAGUGAAGAACGUGGAAACAGGUCGAAGUGUCCCAGGUGUGAAGAUGUUUUUUGGCCAUGAGAUUAUGAAUGUGGAACUACUGGACGAGGCGGGACAAGAUCCAGCAAGAGAAAAAGCGUCUUCUGUUAGUUUAAAUACAGGAAAAAACAGGAUGGGUAAAAUGAAAGAUGAAGACUUAACUAUAUCUGAGCCUGACUUUCCUGCCCCUGAGGCACCAAGCACCUGUCUGCUGAGUGACCUCAAGUACAGCCCAUCAGAGGAAGAGGAGGUGACAUACACAGUCAUUGAUCAGUUUCAACAGAAGUUUGGUGCGGCAAUGCUCCACAUCAAGAAGCAGACUGUCCUGAGUGUGGCAGCAGAAGGAGCUAAUGUGUGUCGUCAUGGGAAACUGUGUUGGCUUCAGGUGGCCACAAAUAGCAGGGUUUACUUGUUUGACAUUUUCCUUCUGGGAAGCCGUGCUUUCAACAAUGGACUUCAGAUGAUAUUAGAGGACAAGAGAAUUUUGAAGGUUAUCCACGAUUGUCGUUGGCUUUCAGACUGCCUCUCUCAUCAGUAUGGAAUUUUGCUGAAUAAUGUCUUUGACACGCAGGUAGCAGAUGUCCUUCAAUUUUCCAUGGAAACGGGUGGCUUUCUUCCAAACUGCAUCAGUACUUUGCAAGAGAGUUUAAUCAGGCACCUUAAAGUAGCCCCUAAAUAUCUCUCCUUCCUAGAAGAGAGACAAAAGCUAAUUCAGGAAAAUCCAGAAGUAUGGUUUACACGACCUCUUUCACCCUCUUUGCUGAAAAUCUUGGCCCUGGAAACUACCUACCUGCUUCCUCUUCGGUUGGUCCUCCUGGAUGAGAUGAUGUCUGACCUCACCACUCUGGUGGACGGGUACCUGAACACCUACCGGGAGGGCUCUGCAGAUCAGCUUGGAAGCACUAAGUCUACAUGUAUGGAGCUGCCUAAGGAACUGCUUCAACUCCAGGACUUCCAGAAGCAGCGCAGAGAGAGAGCUGCAAAAGAAUACAGCGUGAGUGCGCAGGGACUCCUGAUUCGGACGGUGCUGCAUCCGAAGGCCUUAGCAACAGAGGCAGCAGGGGAACAGGAAAAAGUCCGCGGUUUCACCUUUUGUACAAAUUCUAGAGUAGAUAAACCUCCCAGUAUUUUCUCUCAUAAAUUUCAUGAGAAUGUGAAUCUUCUGAAAGAAGAAUCUAAGAAUAAGCAACCCACAACAGAGCCUCAACAUCUACCUCUCAUAAAGGAAGGGAAAACCAGCGAGGAGUCCAGUGACAGCCUCACUUGCCCCGAGUCAGAGGGCCAGAGAGUAACUCAGAAAGAGCACUCGGCGGUGCCCACACACAAGCGCCAGGCAAGUUUAUCUUUGAAAGUGGAGAUAGAACAGUUGUUGAUGGUAGAAAACAAGGAUGAUUUAAAAUGCACAAAUCAAGAUCUUUCAUUGCCUCCUUCUCUUCCUCGGGAAACCCAAGUGUCUCCACAUGACAACUUUCAUUCUUUAAGAAAAGCUGUGUUUGCCACACUUCCUCCCUGUCCUGCCUUGGAGAGGACUGAUUCCUGGAUAAAUCCUUCUCUAAAUUUCUCUUAGAGAUUUGGCCUUUGUUCUUUUUUUUUUUUUUU